AUGAACAGCAUAGGAGAGGCUUGCACUGACAUGAAGCGAGAGUAUGACCAGUGCUUCAAUCGCUGGUUUGCCAAGAAGCUUCUCAAUGGAGACGGUUCUGGGGACCCAUGCACCAAUCUCUUCAAGCGCUACCAGCAAUGUGUUCAGAAAGCAAUGAAGGAGAAAGAGAUUCCUACUGAAGGACUGAAGUUCAUGGGCCAAGGCAAAGAAAAGCCUGAAAACUUCUUGAACUUAAAAUGGAUUCCUCAUCAGGAAAUUGAGGACUCUGGAUUUUGUCAACUAAGGCUCUGA